AGGAAGUGUCGCCAUUAAGUCCGCGUUAACUCCUUCAUUGCUAUUUUAUUUGCUGUUUGAACUUUUGCCGACACCAGGAUACAAUUAGUGGAGCUUCUCCGGCUAGCUUAGCUCGCUAGCUGCUAACAAAGAAACCCGGAAGUGAUCAACAUCGUAGAUCAGCGUAGAUCGAGUGUGAGUGUAAAGUGUCGCGAUCGUGUGAAAAUGUGUCCAAAUGUCCAAAUGCUGAGAGCGUUGGUGAACCAGCGACUAGCUUUGGCUGUGGAAGAAAUAUUUGUAGUGUUGGAAAGAACCAUAGCAGAGUACGAGGAGGAACUUUGUCGAACAAAAGAGGAGAACGAGCGACAACGUCAACUACUGGACGCUGUUUCCAAGAGGUACCACCUAGCAGAGCAACAUCUUGCCCCCGAGCAGCAGGAGGAGCCACAGCCCCCCCACGUUAAAGAGGAAGAGGAGGUCCAGACCCCCCGCAUCGAAGAGGAGCAGCCCCACGUCAAAGAGGAGGAGGAGGACCACAGCAUCAGCCAGGAGGGAGAGCAUCUUGAAGGACCGGAGGAGUUCCCAGUGAUUGGCGUCCCUGUGAAGAGUGAAGAUGGAGAAGAUGGUGAAGAUGGUGAAGAUGGUGAAGGUGAGGAGAAGAGAGAGGCGGAGCCUCCAAGCAGCAGCUCAACAGAAGCCGAUGGAGACCACUGUGGAGGAUCACCAGCAGACAAGCUCUUAGCUCCACUAUCAGAUAGCGAGCACACGACGUCACACUCUCCUGACACUGAUGAUGAUGAUGAUGAAGACUCUACAGCUGAUAUGACAUGUCACCCUGACAACACACGCCUGAAAUGCCACCACUGCGACAAGACCUUCAAACACCGCAGUAGCCUGUGUCGACACGAGAGAAACCACACGGCCAAAACGCACUUUAAAUGUUCUCAGUGCGACAAAACCUUUAAUUAUCGCUGCAACAUGAAAAACCACAUGAGACUACACACGGGGGAGAAACCAUUCAAGUGCUCAUUUUGUGAUAAAAUAUUCCCCAUAAAGGCAUAUUUGAAGUCCCACAUAGCAGUACACACCAGAGAGAAACUCUUUCCCUGCUGGGUGUGCGGUAAGAUGUUUCUCCGGAAGGGAGGUGUGAAGCUCCACAUGAGAAUCCACGCAGGACGGAGAACCGAGAAGGAGGGACAACACGGCCUGGACGCUUUCAGGCAGCCUGGAGUUGUGAUCCACGCAGCAGACAUCAGUGGCAAACCUCUUCCCCCGAGGCAGCAGGAGUGGAGCUCCAGGCUGGAGCAGGAGGAACCCGAGCCUCCACACGUUAAAAAGAAAGCAGCAUCACGGCGUCCAUUGGGGGGAGAGCUUCCUGAAGGACUGGAGGACUUCCCAGGGAUGGGCUUCCAGACUCUUAGCUCCGCUAUCAGAUAGUGAGCACACGACAUCACGCUCUCCCGACACUGAUGAUGAUGAUGAAGACUCUACAGCUGAUAUGACAUGUCACCCUGACAACACGCUUGAAAUGCCAACACUGCGCCCAAACGGCUAGCCAACGUAGCAAUAUGAACACACAGCAGGUUAGUCGCAGGAGAGAAACCAUAAGAGUGCUUCGUUUGUGAUAAGUUCGUUUGAGAUGUUUUACAUGUUCAGUGUUUAUUGAAGACGUCAAGACACGGAAACACUCACAGGAGAGAGACCAUAUGCCUGCUCAGUCUGUGCUAUAGCUUCUGUACAAAGUUCAGUUGGGAGAAGACACGCUGGAGAGAAACCGAUAUGCUGUCCCCAGGUAAAUCACAUAAACAUGGAAUUGUCGCUCGGUUUGGUAGAUGCUGGCUGUGUCCUUCAAUCAUAAGUGACGAGUCUACGUCCGGAAGUGGGUAUUUACAUGCGUCUUUGAACGCACCACUACCGGAAGGAAGUGUCUCUACCUCGGUGAGUCGGGCGAGCACCAUGACAGAAGAUACGAGGACAUCUGCUGGCCAAACGGGGUACUGCAUGGACCUGUCUGCACACACAGCAAGGCUCCACCGAACAAGGAACAGCCACA